AUGUCAUUCUUGAAGUCAAUCGCGACAGAUGUGCAGCUACAUGACGCGCAGUCAGCAUGUGUGCAGUUGCGCAUACAGGACAGUCCGGAGUCGUUAGUACUCCUGGGAACGAAUGCACUCAAGGCCUUAGGUGUGGAUAUAAGGCUGUCACGAGUUGAACCGCAAGAUGAGGACAAGGCGAUGGGCAAAACGGCAAGAGUGUCGGGACGCUACGUGAUCCCUCCGGGUGCAGCUAGUGUUUUGCUAGUGACGUCCCCAGUCAAAGAGGGUGAGCAAGUUUUCAACUCGAGUGACGAACGUGUAGCAUCCGGCAUUUGUCGGAUAACGGAGAACUUAGCACCACUAUCAGUGAUAAAUAGAGGGAGUGAUUCGUGGGUAAUCCGCGAUGGACAACCCCUCGGUGAAUGGAGUUCAGACACAUGGUACGUUCCUCGGACGAAGGACAUUCCCGGUGACAUGCUCGAAUUGAAUCGAUCAGGAAGUUUACCGCAGGCAGAGAGAAGGGCUUCUCUCGUAAAGAUAUUCAACGAAAACCGAAAAAGCGGAGCAAUGCCGAAGGGCUUGGUCGAGCUCGUAAUGGACUCUCGUCGAUCGUCGCGCACGGACAUUACUACGAUCGAUUAUCGCUGCCCGGGUGUGAUGGCGCAUGGAGAACAGUAUUUGGCGUGCCAUGUGGCGGUGGAAUGGUCGAAUAUCGUAGCAGAACCACCGUUGCCGGAACUGAUCUUUCAUUCGAUUUUUGAGUUGGCCCACGCAGUAGCGAUUUUUCGUCAGACCCAUGUACCCGCAGGAUGGCGUACUGCCACUAUCGCUGACACAGAGUAUAUUACUCUGUCACCGUCGUCCCUAGGAUUUGCGAUCUCGUUCUUUAGGGCGCAAUGUCUUCAUUUGGCGGCGUAUUCUCGUCGCAUGUUGGCUCCUAAUGUGGCUCAGGAAAAGAUGGCGCACCCCCCACGGCAUUCGGAGGACCCCUUCGAUUUGGCAAAGCUGUUCGAUGAGGCGCAGAAAUGGUCGUUCGCACAUCCCUGGAACAAGGAACUAUGGAGAGAGCUCCCUCGUUUGAAGACGCUGAUUCUUCUGCCGGAAGGGUUCUACACGCAUGUUGCACACAUUUCGAGUGAGCGUCAGGUCGCGUACGCGUACACGAAUCCGCAGUCGAUCAAAGCGGAAUGGUUUGUCGGCGAAUGGUCGGCGGUUGUUGUGUCGUGGACGUGGACCAAGCCUUGGGAGCUGAUUCUCUCUGUGGUGGCGUUAGGCGCUGAGCUAAUACUCUUGCCAGGGCCGCACGAUGACUUCGAAUGGGGCAAAAGCGUCGAUAUGUUGAGGGAUCUUGCGGAAGAGACCAUCGAGCAGAGACCUAGCUUGGCACAGAGAAUCAAGAUUCUGUUGCCUAGGAAAGCCGAUGCGAGCAACAAGAGUCAUCCGAUGUUCGCGAUUGAAGGCAAAACCACGUCACAACCUCGAUUCUACACAGUGUAA